CAUCCACAGAUCUAUCGCUCCACCAACCUUCUGCUGGCUUCCUCACUUUAGUCAAAUCAUACAGAUCGAUCUCGCAAUUCGUGCUGAUCGGGCAGAUAUCGACUGGAUCUUGCAGUUUGUGACGCAGACUACAGGGAUCAGGGAUCAUAUUCCGUGUUUACGAAGCGUGUUUGAAGUAUAGACCCAAAAUGCCUGAUUACAAGCUGUCGCGAUCGCUUGAAUCGCACUCGGGAGAUGUGAGAGGUGUGAUUUUCCCGGCGGAGGACUUGUUGGCAUCUGUGUCCCGCGAUUGCACGCUCCGGGUGUGGAAACAUCUUCCUGGGAGUGCGGGAUCGAAGGCGGGCGUCGAAUGGACUUCGGACGUUAGCUAUCAGGCUACCAAGUAUCUUAAUAGCAUAGCCUGGAUGAGCGAUCAAGGUCUGAUUGCGUGUGCUGGUCUGAAUCAGGAAAUCGUGAUCUGCUCGCCAAAUGCUAGCCUGACCCCGGAAAGUGCGCUCAAGGGCCACGAAGCUAAUAUCUGCUCUCUGCAUUACUCAGACGGUGUACUGAUCAGUGGUAGCUGGGACAAGACUGCUCGGGUAUGGAUCGACGGGAAGUGCAAGUACAUUCUAAAGGGUCACGAGCAAGCGGUCUGGGCUGUGUUGGUCAUCGGCCCUGAUUCGUUCCUCACCGGCGCUGCCGAUAAGACUAUCCGGCUCUGGAGCGGGAAUCAAUGUGUUUCUGUAUUCAGAGGCCACACCGAUGUCGUUCGAAGCAUAUGUAUGGUCGGUGACGAUCGGUUCGCGAGCUCGAGCAACGAUGGCUCGAUCCGUAUCUGGGACUUCCAGGGGAACUGCCUCCAAGAGCUAUACGGUCACACCAGCUUUGUCUACUCUCUCGCUUAUUCAGUGGCUACGGACGAGAUAAUCAGUAGCGGCGAGGAUCGAUCGGUGCGGGUUUGGAAAGCUGGCGAGUGCGUGCAAAGUAUCAAUCUGCCAUGCAUUUCGGUCUGGUCUGUGGCUGUCUGCCCCGCAAACUCUGAUAUCGCUGUAGGCGGUAGUGACAAAAUUGUUCGGAUUUUUUCUAGAAACCAACAAUCUUGGGCUACUCCGGACGAGCUUGCGAAAUUCGAAGAGCAGGUAGCAGGAUUCGCAAUCUCGACCAACCAGGUCGGCGACAUCAACAAGGAAAAGAUCCCCGGUCUGGACGCGCUGCAGAUCCCGGGUAAGAAGAUCGGGCAGGUUAUAAUGGCAAAGUCCGCUACCGGCGGUAUCGAUGCUUACCAAUGGUCUGGCGACAAAUGGGACAAGAUCGGCGAGGUCGUGAGCGGAGUCGGGCAGCAGCAGAAACAGCUGUAUAACGGCCAAGAGUACGAUUACGUGUUUGAUGUUGACGUGAAGGAGGGUAGUCCACCUCUGAAGCUACCGUACAAUGCCAACGAGAAUCCAUACACUGCGGCCCAGAGGUUUUUGGAGAAGAACGAGCUGCCACAGGAGUAUCUUGAUGAAACUGCAAAGUUCAUUGAGAAGAAUACUGCGGGCGUCCAGAUUGGAACAUCGGAACCUGUUCGCGAUCCUUAUUCCGACAGAUCAGGCUCGGGUUCGACUAGCACCUACUCUGCACCAAAGCCGAAGCGCGCAAAAUCUACUUUGUUCCCGCAGAAAACCUAUCUGUACAUAAAGAAGAUGAACGUACCUAUGUUUAUCAAAAAGACGAAAGAACUCAAUGCGUCAAAAGAUGUUUCUAUCGCAAUCAGCGACGAUGAGUUCUCAGCGCUCUCUACGAUCCUCACCGCCGCUGAAUCUGGGAUCGACUCGGCGGGAGCGGUCAAGGCAGCCUCGGCCGGUCUCAAGAUUGCCAAAAACUGGCCUGCGAACGAAAAAUUAGGCGGUCUAGACGUCUUGCGCACGGUUGUAGGGCAGAUCGAAGACGCGGGAGUGAUUUCUGAGAUUGCGUCGGCUUUGAUUCAGCUCGGAUCUGAGAUUGUGGAUAUUCCGAAUAACGCGAUGAUGGCUGCGAGAGUGUUUGUGAAUAUGUUUGAGAACGAGGUCGGGCGGGUGGUUAUUCAGGAUAGCCAGGUUCGAGAGAGCGUGCUUGACUCGGUGCGAGCGAGUGCGGUGAAGGAGUUGUCGAAGAUGGCGGCCGUGGCUCUGUCUACGUUGAUUUUGAAUUUCAGCGUUCUAGCCAGCAAUGAAAGCGACCCAGAGAUUGCAUUUUCAGUCAUCGGAAUCAUCCCCGACUUUAUCACCCUCGUACAAGACUCCGAGGCGGGCUAUCGGCUGCUGAUUGCGUUCGGCACUUUGCUCUCGCUGCCGAGUCCGGAGGUCAAGGAGGCAGGCCGGAGUCUGGACGGAGAGAAAGCGGUGUCGGUUUUGAAAGUCAGGUUUCCUGGCGAGACGAGGAUCUUGACUGCUGUUGAUGAUGUGCUCGAGUUGUUGAAGUAGAUGAAGAGAGAUAGAGGUUGAUUAAUUUGAAUUCUAUUCGUAGGAUU